UUCAUCAUGGUGAUACAUGUUUCUUCUUUUUGGCUUCAGAGCGCAUGCGUUAAAAACCAUUGCAAGAACAACGCCACUUGUCAAAGCGGUUUUACCGAAAAGGGAUUUCGCUGUUUGUGUACUGCUGGAUUCAAAGGUCAAAACUGCGACCAAGAUGUCAAUGAGUGUACUGAGGGAUCACAUGGCUGCAGUGCUAAUGCUGUGUGCAUCAAUACCGAGGGAUCCUAUACCUGUUCGUGUAAACCUGGAUACUCUGGAGAUGGACGAACUUGCAAAGAUGUCAAUGAGUGUACUGAGGGAUCACAUGGCUGCAGUGCUAAUGCUGUGUGCAUCAAUACCGAGGGAUCCUAUACCUGUUCGUGUAAACCUGGAUACUCUGGAGAUGGACGAACUUGCAAAGGGCUGGUUUUUCAUUCUUGUAAAGAGAUUUUAGAAAAUCAAGGGUCACAAGAAAAUAAAGCUUACCCAAUUCUAGUGAGUAAUAAGAAGAUCUAUGUUUACUGUCACAUGACUGAUGACCUUGAGGGUUGCAGAGGCGGAGGAUGGACGCUGGUCAUGAAAAUCGACGGCACAAAGCCAACCUUCCAUUAUGAUUCCCAACGUUGGAGUAACAUGGAUGACUUUAAUCCUCAAGGAGGGGAGAAUGGGUUUGAUUCACAAGAGACCAAGCUACCGACCUACUGGAACACGUCCUUCUCUAAGAUCUGCCUAGGAAUGAAGCUCGGUAAUCUGCUCAGUUUCAUUACCAUCCGGAAGCAAGCCAGCUCUUUGUACUCUGUGAUUGCGGACGGGCAAUAUCGUGACACGUCACUGGGUCGUGACACGUGGAAGUCGCUGAUUGGCUCUGAGGCCUCCCUACAAAAAACAUGUUACAAGGAGGGGUUCAAUGCUUUGGCUAUACAUAAAAGUUAUUCCAAAGCAAGAAUUGGUAUCAUUGCAAACGAUAGAUAUGAUUGCAACACCUGUGAUUCCAGAAUUGGCUUUGGCACAGGUGGGAUUGGUGACGACUCAAACACUUGUGGGAACGAGGCAAAGCACGGAGGAGAUAAUGGAGACAAACACAUCAAAACCAUUGGGUACAUCUUGGUUCAGUGACAAGGAAAUCAAUCUAAUCUCCAAUAAAUGGACAGAAAAAAAAUUAGUAAACAGCACCAAAGGAUUUGCAGAUAUGUAUAUAUAGCAUAAGGAGCACAAAGAAAUUCGACGCCGAGUCUGAAUUGAUUUAGUUUAAGGGUGGAGCUAACUAUAGCUAACUAUAGUCUAUAAUCUCUAUUCCCAUGGCUGCAGCUGAACACCUUUUUGAUUUUACCUAUUUUUGACUACUGUGAUGUUGCUUGUUGGUUCAGUACCACCUUAUCUAACUAAUUAUGCUUAUUUUAAUGCCUCUGUACACACAGUUUCGACUACGCGCUGUAAUGACAUUCGUAUUCCGAAAGUCAACCUCGAAGUUGCUAAUGGAUCUCUAUAAAGUACUGGUGCGAUGGAAUUUAACGGUCUUCCUUGUUUUAUUAAAUCAAAGAAAUCCCUCACUAAAUUCUCAAGGGAAACUAAAGACUUUUUCCCUAAUUAGAUGAUGAGUUUUAUAUGCAGAUGUAUGCUUCUUUUUAUAUAUUUCCGGCCAUGUGACAGUCCCUAAUGAAUUUUUACCUUUUAGACCUUUUUUAGUUUUACUCAGGUACUCUAAGAACAGGACCUCCUUUGAUACCAGUGCUUAUUACAGUAAUGGGGUUAUCCUGUAUAAAUAUGAUGAUGAUGAUGAUAAUGAUGAUGCUGAUUAUGAUGAUGAUGAUGACCAUGAUGAUGAUGAUGAUGGUGAUGACUAUUAUAUUAUUACCAAAACAUUUGAUGUUCAAGCAAUUUACAGUAAUCAAUGAUACAACUUACAUUAAUAUUUCACAAGACAUUGUCCAUAAAUACAAUAAUACUUUUCACAACACUAUUAAAAUGACUCCA